CGCGCCCCGCCGCGGCUGUCCCAGCCCCGCCUUGCAGCAGGUUAAGAGCCCCCCAGAGCCGGGAGCUGCGGACAGAAGCGCACUCGUGGGGGGGGUGGGCAGCCGGUCUGGUUGUCAUGGCGACGGCGCGGUUGGCCUGGGCCCUACGGGCUACCUCCGCUGGAGGAAGGCUGCGCGGUCCCCGAGGCACUGGGGGCGCCCGGAGACUGAGCGGCAGCGCGCGACGGCGGGCGGCCAGGGGCGCCAGCCCGGGGCGCCGGCUCAGCACCGCCUGGGCGCCGGCCCAGGCCGCACGAGAAGGGACCGACGGCGCCGAGGACGACACCCACUCGCCUGCCGCGGAGGAGCCGGAGUGGACGCCGCCCCCCGCGCCCCCGGUCCCUCCCGACCCCCCGGGGCCCCCGGCCGGCCGCUCGCUGGUGCAGCGGGACAUCCAGGCCUUUCUGAACCAGUGCGGAGCGAGCCCCGGGGAGGCGCGCCACUGGCUCACGCAGUUCCAGACCUGCUACCACUCCGCCGACAAGCCCUUCGCCGUCAUCGAGGUGGACGAGGAGGUACUCAAGUGCAGUCGGGCCGUAUCCAGCCUGGCCUUCGCCCUGGCAUUCCUGCAGCGCAUGGACAUGAAGCCGCUGGUAGUCCUCGGGCUGCCCGCGCCCACCGCGCCCUCCGGCUGCCUUUCCUUCUGGGAGGCCAAGGCACAGCUUGCCCAGAACUGCAAGGUGCUGGUGGAUGAGCUGCGGCACAACGCCGCCACUGCCGUGCCCUUUUUUGGCGGCGGCUCAGUGCUGGGAGCCGCGGAGCCAGCCCCUCAUGCCAGCUACGGCGGGAUCGUCUCAGUGGAGACCGACCUGCUGCAGUGGUGCCUGGAGUCCGGCAGCAUCCCCAUCCUGUGCCCCAUCGGGGAGACGACCGCCCGCCGCUCUGUGCUCCUGGACUCGCUGGAGGUGACCGCGGCUCUAGCCAAGGCGCUACAGCCCACCAAAAUCAUCUUCCUCAAUAACACAGGAGGCCUGCACGACAGCAGUCAAAAGGUCCUGAGUAAGGUGAACCUGCCCGCCGAUCUGGACCUGGUGACUAACGCCGAGUGGGUGAGCACUAAGGCGCGGCAGCAGGUGCGGCUCAUCGUGGACGUGCUCAGCCGCCUGCCGCACCACUCCUCCGCCGCCAUCACCGCCGCCAGCACGCUGCUCACCGAGCUCUUCAGCAACAAGGGGUCCGGGACCCUGUUCAAGAACGCCGAUCGGAUGCUGCGGGUGCGCAGCCUGGACAGCCUGGACCAGGGCCGCCUGGUGAACCUGGUCAACGCCAGCUUCGGCAAGAAGCUGCGAGAUGACUACUUGGCCUCGCUGCGCCCGCGGCUGCACUCUGUCUACGUCUCUGAGGGGUACAAUGCGGCUGCCAUUCUGACCACGGAGCCCGUACUGGGGGGCACCCCAUAUCUAGACAAGUUUGUGGUGAGCUCCAGCCGCCAGGGCCAAGGCUCGGGCCAGAUGCUGUGGGAGUGCCUGCGGCGGGACCUGCAGACGCUUUUCUGGCGCUCCCGGGUCACCAACCCCAUCAAUCCCUGGUACUUCAAACACAGUGAUGGCAGCUUCUCCAACAAGCAGUGGAUCUUCUUCUGGUUUGGCCUGGCUGAUAUCCGGGACUCUUAUGAGCUGGUCAACCAUGCCAAGGGGCUGCCGGACUCUUUCUGCAAACCAGCUUCUGACCCCGGCAGCUGACCCUCACCGCCCACCCUGCAGGCCCUGGGACAACCAGGGUGAACCAAAAGCCAUGCCUGCGGGAGGUGAUCCCAGGCAGCCACAGGCUGGACCAGGCUUGAGGGCUAAGUGAUGUGCAGAGGAAGCAGCUCCCACUCUACUCUGCCCAGAGGGGGGCGCCCAAGUGGGGACAAGCACAGGAA